GAAGCCUUCAGCGCAAACCAUGAACACCGCCAGGUUUAUCAAAUGCGUCACCGUCGGGGACGGCGCCGUCGGGAAGACUUGUAUGCUCAUUUCUUACACCACCAACACUUUUCCCACGGAUUAUGUUCCGACCGUGUUCGAUAACUUCAGCGCCAAUGUGGUAGCCGACGGCAGCACUGUCAAUCUUGGCUUAUGGGACACUGCCGGACAGGAAGAUUACAACAGACUGAGGCCUCUGAGUUACAGAGGAGCUGAUGUCUUCCUAUUGUCGUUUUCUCUCAUCAGCAAACCCAGUUACGAGAACAUCUUUAAGAAGUGGAUUCCUGAACUUAAACAUUACGCUCCAAACGUCCCCAUCGUUCUGGUUGGGACUAAGCUUGAUCUACGAGACGACAGGCAGUAUCUGAUUGAUCAUCCAACCGCAACACCCAUAACCACAGCUGAGGGCGAGGAACUGAGGCGGAUGAUCGGGGGAAUUACAUACAUUGAAUGCAGCUCCAAAACCCAAAAGAACGUUAAGAAUGUAUUUGAUGCAGCAAUAAAGGUAGCAUUGAGGCCUCCACGACCAAAGAAGAAGCCUUGCAAGCAGAGGACUUGUGCUUUGCUUUGAAAAAUAAGUUCAAAUAAUUGGAAAAAAAAAAAAAUAUUUCCCAUCCAUUUAAAUUAUAUAUUUUAUUAUUGUGAGCAGCUUUUUAGGCCCAAUGGACACCUUGGGCCUUCUAGUGAUGAGCCCAUAAUCGCUUGGGUUGGGCCACAUCAAGAACGUCCACUGUCCAUUGGGCUUUGAUAUGGUAGUAGCCCAGUCAAACGAAAUAAAGAUGAUUAAAUUAAACA